GGCACAAUAAGCAGACGCGCAGUUCAGUAAUCAGUUGUCAAGCUGCGCUUGCGCAUAUCAAUCGUUUGUUACAUUCCGUAAAAUAUUCCGGUAAAUCUUGUUUUUAGUACUAAUCAUUCGAGAAAACUAAAUCUCGUAAACGCUGCGACGAGUGAUAAUAAUAUUUUAAUAAAUUAAGAUAAAUACCGAAAUCACUCUUAAUUAAUUGCAGCAGAAGCAGUAAACAGUUUGCCUUUAUAGAGUCAAAAAUGGAUUCAUUUAAGAAGAAUUGGUUUACUGAAGUAUGUGAAAUGUGGCCUGGUGGAACAUUUUCAUUUGAAGUUAAGGAAGUGUUGCAUAAAGAGAAGUCAAAGUAUCAAGACAUCUUAGUCCUAGACACCACCAGCCUUGGUAGGGUCCUUGUUCUAGAUGGUAUUAUACAGUGCACCCAGAAGGAUGAGUUUUCAUAUCAGGAAAUGAUUUCUUUUCUGCCCCUGUGCUGCCAUAAAAAUCCCGAAAAAGUGCUCAUUGUAGGAGGUGGAGAUGGGGGAGUUGCCAGAGAAGUUGCUAAACACCCAUUAGUAAAGGAAAUCGUUCAGGUGGAAAUUGACGAUAAAGUUAUCGAGGUAUCGAAAAAGUAUCUUCCAUUUAUGGCAGUCGGUUUUGAAAGCAAAAAACUCAAAUUACACGUAGGAGAUGGUUUCGAGUUCAUGAAGAACCAUAGUCAGGAAUUCGACGUCAUCAUAACAGAUAGCAGCGACCCCGUCGGUCCAGCUGUUAGUCUGUUUCAAGAAAAUUAUUUUUCACUCAUGAAAAGCGCAUUAAAGCCCAAUGGGAUCGUUUGUUCGCAAGCUGGUACGUUUUGGUACAGCAUGGAUUUAGUAUCGAGUACACUUAAUAUCUGCAAAAAUCAAUUUCCGAAAGCCGCGUACGCCACAACAUCUGUACCGACUUAUCCCUCCGGCCAAAUUGGUUUUGUCAUUGGGUCUCUUGAUAAUGACGUUCAGUUUGACAAGCCGACUUUGACGUUUUCCCGCCAAGAUGAGCUAUCCAUGAAUCUGAGGUACUACAGUACCGACGUUCAUAAAGCGGCGUUUGCGCUUCCAACUUUCGUCAAAAAUGCAUUAGAAAAGUAGUAUGAGAAAAAAAUAUUGUACUUAGUUGUGCAUUUUUAUUAAAUCUGAGAAUAAUAAUGUUAAA